AAAAUGAAAUUUAACUUCUAAGCAACAAAAAGACAAAGCUAAUUAAUUUUGGCAAUUAAUAUAUUAUGGAAGAUAGAAAGAUGGAAGUAAGUAUUGUUUUGGGAAUGGUGGGGUUGUUGUUAUGGGCAGGGGAAGCAGUGGGUCAAUCCUCGGAUUGUAACAAUGUGUUGAUUAGCCUCUCACCUUGCCUUAAUUAUAUCAACGGCAACUCCUCCACCCCGUCUCCAAGUUGCUGCUCGCAACUGACCACCGUCGUCCGCUCCCAACCCCAAUGUCUUUGCCAAGUCUUCGAUAACGGUGGCGGUGCCUCCGCGCUUGGAGGGCUAAAUGUCAAUCAAACUCUGGCUCUUGCGCUCCCUGCUGCUUGUCGUCUACAAACUCCGCCCAUUUCCCGCUGUAACGCAACUUCUCCCACGGAUGAUAGUCCUGCAGAAACACCAAAAUCCUCAAACGAAGAGCCUACAGAAGGAGGAUCAAGAAGAAAUGUGCCAACAACUAGAGAAGAUGGAACAUCAAAUGGAUCGACUUCAACAAUAUUGUUGUCCAAAGCUAUGCUCUUCAUUUUCAUUCUUGCUUCAACUUUUGCUUCACUAAUCCAUUGACAUCAAAUCUCCUAUGUAUUUGGUAAAUCAUUUUUGUAUUAAUAUUAUUAUAUUCCAAACUUCAUUCUCUUUCCCUAUCUAAUUUGUACUUUGCCUUGAUUUCUCUCUCAUGGUAUCAUAAGAUUUUUAGAGUGAUAUAUUAUAAUGUUUAUUGGUUAUAAAUUAAAAAAGAAUAAGAUAUGUUUCGUGUAUUUGGUCUUUUAA